AACGGGUCACUGCUACUAGGAAGCUGCAGUGGUGCUCACAGCUCCACUCCAGCUUUGAGUCACCAUCGAAUUCCAACUCAGUCACCGCCCCCCUCCCAUCUCUUCUCAUCGUCGCUGUUAUAUAAACGCAAUCCCUCCUCGCGCCCCAGUUACUUCGAAAUCCUCCCACCAUAGCCUCCCUACCGAGAUCUACCUCCUGCAGCAUCUUCCAAUUGCUACGCGUCGAUUACCUACCCCGCAGAGUGACAUCAAUCCACUCAGCUGGGCGUCUGCAACUCCAUUCCUCCACUCCCGAAUACUAACUUUUACCUCCGGCAAAUGUCUAAAUUCGUGGACAAAGCGAUUGCCCACGAGCGGCGGCGCGCCGGCGAGACGGCAUUGAGCGACUUCGCCGAGUACGUUGAGAAGCAGCAGCAGCAGCAACAGCGACGCCGGCAGCCUAGUAUAACGACCGGCGGCGAACCAUCGAAAACAGCGGCGAAUGACGAUCACGAUGAGCUCGACAUCCUCGAGACGCUAGGGCUGUCGGACGAGUCGGAGCAGGUGAAGCUCAAGGGCCUGCUGCUCGAUGCUACGGACGAGAGCCGAAAACGACUGAAAGAGCUGCUUGAUACUCGGAUUAACGAGGGACGGGGGGAGACGCUGUUCGAUAUUGGCCACGAGAAUGAUGGAGAGUCGAUGGGGUUCACGAAGGAGGACUACGAGGUGGCGCUUGCGUCGAUGAAGGCGGCGGCCAAGGAACUCGGCGCGGGGGUCACUGUGCUGCUCACAAAGAAUACCGGCGCUCCAACGGAUGUGGAGUCCACGUCGAAAGAUGUCUGCGCCAAAGCCAUGGUACGGCGGCAGCCGCAUAGCAUAGACGAGCUUCUUGAGAUCCGGGUGGCAGUGGUCGGAAACGUGGACGCUGGCAAAUCCACUCUGUUGGGUGUACUGACGAAAGGAACCCUCGAUGACGGCCGAGGGCGGACACGAGUGAAUCUUUUCAGGCACAAGCACGAGAUUGAGUCCGGCCGGACUAGCUCUGUUGGCAUGGAGAUUCUGGGUUACGAUGUGGAUUCGAAUAUCGUGGUGAGUGGCGAUCCUGGCCGCAAGCUCAAGUGGGAGGAGAUUGGCCAUCGCUCUGCCAAAGUCAUCGGCUUCACCGACCUCGCUGGACACGAGCGAUAUCUACGGACUACGGUCUUCGGCCUGCUCGGAACGUCGCCGGACUAUGUCAUGCUCAUGGUCGCGGCCAACAAUGGUCUCAUCGGCAUGUCCAAGGAGCACUUGGGCAUCGCAAUGGCCCUCAACGUUCCAGUACUAGUGGUCAUCACCAAAAUCGACAUCUGCCCGCCCCAGAUUCUGCAGCAGACCAUAACACAACUGACCAAAAUUCUGAAAUCCCCCGGCGCAAGAAAGAUUCCGAUCUUCAUCAAGAGCAAAGAGGAAGUGAUCAACACGGCAACGCAAUUCGUCAGUGAGCGCAUCUGCCCUAUCUUCCAGGUCUCAAAUGUCACCGGAGAGGGCCUAGACUAUGUCCGAACCUUCCUCAACAUCCUGCCUUUCCACGGGAAGUUCGAUUCAGACGCGUCCUUCGAGUUCCACGUCAACGACUGCUUCUCGGUGCCGUUCGUCGGAACUGUGGUCUCCGGCGUGGUCAAGAGCGGCGUCAUUCACGCCGGAGACAACGUCCUCGUUGGACCCGACAGCCUAGGCAACUUCAUGUCGACCACGGUCAGAUCUAUUGAGAGGAAACGUCUGCCGGUGCCGGUCUGCUCGGCGGGUCAGAGUGCAUCUUUCGCGCUUAAACGAGUGCGCCGGAAAGACGUACGCAAGGGAAUGGUGGUCUUGCCGAAGAUUGAGGGCGUCACUCCGAAAGCGUAUUGGCAAUUCACUGCCGAAGUGUUGAUUCUGUCGCACGCAACAACCAUCAAGCCCAAGUACCAGGCGAUGCUGCAUGUCGGGCCAGUCAGCCAGACCUGUAGAAUCGUCGCCAUCGACCGCGACCUUAUGCGAACAGGUGACCGGGCAUCUGUAGUCUUUGAGUUCUGCCAGCGCCCUGAAUUCCUCUGCACCGGCGACAAGCUACUAUUUCGUGAGGGCCGAACCAAAGGUCUGGGCAUAGUGACGGCCACCGGCUUUGACAAGCAGAAGUUCCCGAAUGCAAUAAUGGACGAGCGUGACGGCAAGGAGGAGAAGGCCGCGCUUAAGGCGGAGACCCGUACUGCCGCCUCGAAGGCCGAAGCAUAUGCCAAGGGUGCCGCUGCGAAGGCUGAGGCCCAAGCCAAGGGUGCCGCUGGGAAGCCUGAAGGCCAUGCCAAGGGUACUACGAAACAUGAGGUACGGAAAGAGGUCGGGAAAACAUGAUGUGAUGUGGCCUGUUUCUUGAGUUCUUUGGAAUUUUGGUUUGCGUUGUUUUGCGUUGUUUUUGCAUUGUUUUUCUUAUGUUAGCAAUUUGUACUUUACUGUAGGUGCGAGCAUUGUGGUGGCGCGAAUCUAUGUUAUGUUCUACAGGGGACGAAUGGGUGGAGUCAAUUGAUGUUGGCGG